AUGCUGGUUUUCCACAUCGUAGAGCCUAGUGUCUCAUACCCAUCAGAUAUCCACACACACACACACACACACACACACACACACACACACACACACAAGUUUUAUCAUUUCAUCCGCCGCCGCUCUUUACCGCGCGAUCCCGUCCGAACCGCCCGAACGAGCGAGCGACGGGAGCGAGUCCUUGGCCCUCCUCCCCCCCUCCUUCCGGGUGCGGGUCUGAGUGGAUCCCACAACACGGCAGAUGCAAAAACCACGGACCAGGGUAAGACCCGGGACCCCGACUCCCCGAAGUUGCGAUGGAUGAUGAUGAUGAUGGUGAUGAUGAUGAUGGGAAUGGGGUGA